AGGAAAAGGAAAACCGUCAACAAAGGAGCAACUUUCGACGUGAAAGAUCCCCGCGUAACUUCACGUUUCCCCUCUCCUCUCCUAUUCAUCUUCUCUCACCUGUACAUACACACACGUAUAAAUACGCAUCACCUCCCUCUCCGCGAGACUCGACCGAAGCCGAAACCAGUGUCGCCUACUUCGCCACUCUCUCUCCUCUUCCAACUCACCCAACCCCUGGGCUUUCUGAAGGUCUCUAACAUGUACUGAUGUUUGUGGUUUUCUUCAGAGAUUUUUCUUGCGCUGCCAUGGCCAAUAAUGCUCAAUUUUCUGGAAUGCAGCCUCUUCGGCCUCCUAUACCGCCGGGCCCUCCUCAAGGUGCUCCUCCACCGAUGCCAAUGCAAUUUCGAACUGCGGUUCCAGCACCACAAUCACAGGUCUAUAUCCCAAUGGCUUCUCAACAAUUUCAGCAUGUUGGCCACACAAACAUUGGAAUGCCUUUUCACAGUCAGCAAUUCCAGUUUUCCUCUGUUCAGCAACUACCUGCAAUACCGGCCCCUGAAGUUCAGGCAAACCGGCCCCCACAAAAUCCUCAGAUUGCCGGUACUUAUGGUGCUGGGUUAAAUGGUCCAAGAAUGCUUCUCUCUUCAACAUAUACGUUUGGUGCAUCACCUGGUGGCCAAUUACAAAGAAAUGCUGAUGCCUCAGUCCAGUAUCAGCUGACUCCCCAGACAAAUGCGUCUAGUUUUUCUGGUGGGGCCCAACCUUGGCUGCCAACUGGACCUCAGAGCAUGAUUUCUGUUGUACAGAAUACUGGUGAUCAAUCAUCGGCUACUCCUCCGGUUGUUCCAGCAGCAACUGAGGAGCCUAACCACAUAGAAAAGCUACCAUCAGAUUGGUUGGAGCAUAUUCGUGCUGGAAAAAGAUAUUAUUACAACAAGAAGACAAAAUUUUCAACGUGGGAGAAGCCUCUAGAAUUAAUGACAUCAAUUGAGAGAGCAGAUGCUUCCACUGAUUGGAAGGAGCAUACAAGUCCCGAGGGAAGAAAAUAUUACUACAACAGGGUUACCAAGCAAUCAAAGUGGAAAAUCCCCGAUGAACUCAAGCUGGCUCGUGAAAAAGUGAAAAUGGCAUCUACUGGAGGAACUCUGGCAGGAAAUGAUGAUAGUCCUGCACCAGUCCUCAAUGCAGUUACCCCAUCUUCCUUGGCCCAUGGGUCAGUAUCCAGCCCUAUUCAAGUGGCAACAGUUUCUGCUGGUGUUAGCCCAAAGCCUAUGGCAACUUCAGGGCAAUCAUUCUCACCUGUUGCCCCCUCUAUGGUGGAAGAAAAUGCAAUUCAAGUCCAGACACCUGCACAAACCAUCCCACCAAAUGCUGCUGUUUCAGAGAGUACCAAAACCUCUCACAUUAUGCUCGAUGCCACUGUGACACAAAUUAGCAGUAGUAGUGUUGAUACUAAAGCAGCUCAGGAUGUUGUCGAUACAGUUGACAGAGUUUCAACAGGGGAUAUUGAGGAAGCUGAAAAUGGCAAGGGAAGUGCUAGGAAUGUCAAUGUUUCUGUAUCGGGAGAGAAAACAGUUGUUCAGGAGCCUGUGGUCUACGAAAAUAAAUUGGAGGCUAGGAAUGCAUUUAAAGCACUUCUGGAAUCUGCAAACAUUGGGUCUGAUUGGACAUGGGAUCAGGCUAUGCGAGUAAUCAUUAACGACCAAAGGUAUGGUGCUUUAAGAACUCUUGGAGAGCGGAAGCAAGCUUUUAAUGAGUUCCUGGUGCAAAGAAAAAAAAAGGAUGCCGAAGAGAGGCGCGCUAGACAGAAAAAAGCACAGGAAGAUUUCCGGAACAUGUUGGAAGAGUCCAAAGAUCUGAUGCCAUCCUCAAGAUGGAGCAAAGUAAUCACUAUUUUUGAAGACGAUGAACGUUUCAAAGCUGUAGAACGAGCUAAAGACCGAGAGGACCUUUUCCAAGACUAUAUGGUGGAACUUGAGAAAAAGGAAAGGGCAAAUGCAUUGGAAGAGCUCAAGUGGAGUAGAAGGGAAUUCUUGAACUUCCUGAAGUCAUGUGACUUUAUUACGGCAAGCAGUCAGUGGAGAAAAGUUCAAGAUCGCUUAGAGGCCGAUGAAAGAUGCUCACGUCUUGAAAAAGUUGAUCGCUUGGAAAUUUUCCAGGAAUAUAUUCGUGAUCUAGAGAGAGAAGAGGAAGAGCAUAUGAAGAUUCGGAUGGAAGAAUUGAGAAAAGUGGAGCGCAAAAAUCGUGACGAGUUCCGUAGAUUGAUGGAAGAGCAUGUCGUGUCUGGAAUACUUACUACCUCAACUCACUGGCGUGAUUACUGUAUGAAGGUCAAAGAUUUAGCUGCAUAUUUGGCAGUCUCAUCAAACACCUCUGGUUCAACAGCAAAAGAUUUGUUUGAAGACGUGGCUGAGGAGCUACAGAAACAGUAUCUGGAAGACAAGGCUCGCAUAAAAGAUGCUAUGAAGUCACGAAAGAUUGCUCUGUCAUCAACUUCGACACUUGAAGACUUCAAAGCUGUACUUUUAGAAGGAAUUUCCUCUCAACCAUCAUCAGAGAUCAACUUAAAGCUUGUAUUUGAUGAGCUGCAUGAAAGAGUGAAGGAGAAGGAGGAGAAAGAAGCUAAAAAGAGGAAACGCCUUGCAGACGACUUUUACAAUCUCUUGUGCACUUCCAAGGAUCUAACGGCAUCUUCAAAAUGGGAGGAUUGCAAGCAGAUAAUUGAAGAUAGACAAGAGAGCUGGUUUGUUGGGGAAGAUAGCUUCUUUAGAAACAUCUUUGAUGAAUACAUAACAGAAAUGAAAGAAAAAGAAAAGGAGAAGGAACGGAAGCGAAGGGAUGAUAAGGCCAAAAGAGAGAAAGAUGCGAAGGAUAGAGAGAAGAAGGAAAAACACAGCCGCGAGAAACGACGACGGUAUGCAAGCAAAUACGGGAAGGAUAGAACACACAGUGAAGAUGCUGGUAAAUAUGAACCUUAUGUUUUGGAAGAGAGCAAAAGAUCUGGAAAAGAUAAGAAUAGGAGACAUCGAGAGCGGUAUCUAAGUCAUGUGGAUGAUCUGAGUGUGGAUGAAAAUGAGAAAGAUCGGUCUGAGAACUCCCACAGGCACAGCAGUGACAGGAAAAAAUCAAAGCAGAUGGAACAGCGAAGCCCUUCUGAACAAGAUAGUGAAAUUAGGCACAAGAGACACAAGCAAGAUCACCAGGAUGGUUCUAGCAGGAAUGAUGAUUAUGGCGAGCUUAGAGACAGGGAAUUUGAUUGCUUUCCGAAACUCCUUAGUGACUUUUCCGAUCAAAAGCUGCUUCCUUUGCAUUGAGACCAGUUUGGGCUUCGGGAAAUGAGGUGUGCCAUCUGGAAUUGCCGUUCUCCCCGUCACUUGAUUGUCACCCGAUCUGUUGACGUUCUUUGCUAAAUUGCCCAGUUUGAAACCGUUACUAUCUGACCUCGAGCUUUUCUUUCUGUAUCGC